AAAAGUGUUGAAACAGCACUAGCACCUAAAGGUGUUUUGCACUUGCAAGUUGCACCGGAGCUCCUUGAAGUGAAUAAAAAACAGGCAUAGCCUAUGACUAAGCCAGUGGUUGUUUGUUAAAAAAGCAAUAGUUGCUUGGACUAGCAAAGUAAAAAGAGGAAACUGAACCAGCCAGCAAACCAAAAGAAAAAGCAAAUCCCAUCCAAUUUCCUUGUUGAAAGCCACCAAAUUUGACCAAACUGCAAGAAGGACAUAAUGCAUGAAUGCCACAGGCACUAAAACGUGGAGUUUGUAGUACAAGUGAAAAAUACACCUAAUCUAAUAUUUUCAUUUUUUAUUAACAUGUGGUUUACAUUUGUUUCUCUAGAAAGUUCUAUUUCUAGAUCAUUCCAUACCAUACAUUUUUCAUUAACUCUCAAGUCUUUCUAGAAUAAUCUACGUAAGUUUUAAUCUUAGUCAGAGAAUUCUAUAAAUGUGCAGCAUAUUCUAAUACUGGGAAGCAUUUUGCUAGCUUUUCUUCUUCAAGUGCAGUUCAGGAGAGCUGACAAUGAAACAUUUUGCUUGCAUUUCUUCUUCAAGUAGUCAAGAAACAACAUCAGUUGGAGUUAACCCACAAUUAUCAUCACCACCUCCGUCUUCCACUAUAUGGUCACCUCUCUUAUGGGUUGGUGUUGUUGUUGGUGUUGGACUUUCUGCACUAUUUUCAUUGGUAGCUACAAGAUUAAAGAAAUAUGCAAUGCAACAAGCUCUCAAGACCUUCAUGGACCUGAUGCAUUCACAAAGUAACCAAUUUGACAGUGCUUCCUUUUCUCCUGGAUCUCCUUUUCCCUUUUUGAUGCCUUCAGCACCUUCCACAUCAAGUGUAUCUCAAUCUGCUGUCACAGUAGAUGUAUCUGCAACAAAAGUAGAAGCAGCCCAAGCUACCAAUGUCAAAGAUGAAGUGCAAAUAAAGAACGAGCAAAAAAAAAUUGAUUUUGUAGAUGUUUCUCCAGAACAACCUGUGCGGAAGAGUCCUUUUGAAAGCUUUAAAGAUGUUGAUGAAUCUAGUUCAUUCAAGGAAUCACGGGUUCCGGAGGAAGCAUCUCAAAACGGAGCUCCCUCUAUCCAAGGUUUUGGUGAUUCACCACCGGGUUCUCAAUCUACACAUCAAAUUGGGCCUUCUCCAGAAGAAGUCAUUUCAAAGAUUAUGGCCAAUCUUGCUAUGGCAUUUCAAAAUCCUAAAUUUCAAGCACCUAUCAUGAAUUGUUUACACAAUCCGCUGAAUAUUGCUAAAUAUCAAAAUGAUGAGGAGGUUUUCCAGUCACUUCACAUAUCACUGAUAAUAGCUGAUAAAGUGGUUGUCACAACCAACUCUUUCAACAACAAAGGCCAUGGCAACCAAAACUUCUCUAAUGCAGACAUCAACAGUGUUUCGGGCAACAGGGCGCGUGCGUGUGUCCGUCGUAUGCAUCCACGUUUUAAAUUAGAUUAAAAUUUAAUUUUAUAAUUAGAAAUCAAUCAAUUGAUUCGAUUGAUUAUUUUUUUAUUUUUAACAAUGUAGUUAAAUUGUCAACAUUUUGAAUUGUGUUCAGCUAUUGUACAAAAUAAUUACAACAUAUAAUUUAUG